AUGAGUUUCCUUGAGACACACACACACACACACACACACACACACACACACUCUUCCUGUCUGACUAAAGGAAGGGGGGAGUGCGCCACCCUCCUACUCUCCAAUCCUCUGUUUCUCAGACAGACAGAUAAGCUCAGAAAGCUUGUAGAGUCAGUUUAAAGGGAUUGGACGGCGAAGCGGAACCCAUGUCCUGUCACUGUGCAGAUCCAGUCCGCUGCUUGGGGCCAGCCGUAGUCAUAGUGUGCACUAUUGUGUGCGGCUGAAGGAGAAGAAGGGAAAAAAAGGGGGAAAGAAAGACCAGGCCCUUUGUGUGGUGGAGGGACUCACCAGGAGAGAGGUUUUCUCAUUACUUUAGCUUUGCCAGCAAGGCAAGGCAAGGCAAGACUCUACCACUGACACACACAUACACACCGAACACACACACAACGAACACACACACACACACACACACACACACACACACACACACACACACACACACACACACACACACACACACACACACACACACACACACACACACACACACACACACACACACACACACACACACAACUUGUCUACACGGCGUGCUGGCUGGCUGCUUCUCUGCCAGUUACAUAUGUGUGGCACUCAGAGUGGCCAACAGGGACACACCACCGACCGACCGGGCUUCUCCUCCUGAUGAUAAGAGUCGACGUUGACGUCAGAGACUGGCCCCAUGAAUAUUGAUGUUGGAGGAUAGUCCGUUUCAUAGAAGAACAGAAGGAAGCAAGAUGGCGGCCCUUUAGGAUUUGUUAAAGAGGAGAUCCAGACGGUUUGUUGGAAUUUCUACACAGUGGAGGGACGUAAAAAGAGGACGCACAGAGGGCAGCCCUGUGGAUGGACUCAGAGCAGGCCAGAUGGAAACAGAAAAGGCCAGCCAGGAGACGGAAGAAAGUCUGAUACUAGCACAACUCAGCGCCGCCACUCAACCAGACAACCUGAUCACCGCCAAGCUCCAAAAUGGCACCCAGUCGCCGGAAGGAGCCCAUCAGCAGAUCAACGGGGAUGGAAACUGGAACCUUUACAACAAGGCAGGGGUCAUCAACCCAAUGAAGAGACACAGGGAGAACUGCAGCAGUCCUGCCGGAGUGCAGGGACUGUUCGACCAAGGCUCUUAUAACAUGAUCAAUGGCGGGGAUCUGAAGCAUGCGCUCUGUGACCAGUCCUUACUGGGCCUUCACCAGGCCAAGAAACUCAGAUCGGAUUUGGAGAUUAAUGGAGGGGAUGGAGAGGAGAUGUGGGACAAAAAGGAUGGUGGGGACAUCAUGGACGAUUUCCCGGAGUUGACAAAGCCUGGGGAGUUUGACUGCGAUGGGACAAGACUGGAUAAGAGAAACUGUAAUACUUUCUCAAACGGAGGGGAUAUUUUCUCACUAUCGAGGAACAAGCAAAUAGCUAACGGUGCUACAGUGAGCCCCAAUUCCAUUGAAGGCACACCUGGUGACCUUCUAGAGAAAACUCUGUCUCAGUAUUACCCAGAACAAGUGUCCAUCGCAGCACAGACGGGCGUGCAGGAGUUUCAACCGGAGGUGGGGUUGGUCGACGACAUUAGCUCACUCACCAACGAACUCCCUGAACUGCCCGAACAAGUCACGACGCAGUCACCUACCUCUCUUACCUCAGGGUUCCCUCCCAUUUCAGCCCAGAUGCCUGCCUCUGAGAAACAUCAGCUGACUGGGGUAUCAGACCCUAAAGGGCAAGGCAGCAAUGGAUAUAACAACUCAGCCGCCCCGUAUAUUGUGAAUGGGUAUUCUAACAGUUACAGAGGAGAGCACCCGCAACAGCAGCCCGCUGACGGCUCGCAACAUCAGAACAACCCAGAGGGCAUUUACAGGAAACCUAACCAGGAGUUUAACCAUCAGAACUCUUUCCCGAGCCCUCUAGAGCAGAGCACUCCGCUGCAGACAAAAGAGGCCAUUGGGUUCGGCCCCGGCCCUUUCCCCAGCACAGGCAUGGGGCAGAGUGAGGGGAGGCGCCGGCAGCAACAGUAUGGGAUGCAGCAGCAGCAACAGCAGACAGGAAACCCCUGUGGAGCUGACUCUACGGGCCCCCAGGGCUCCAUGGGCCCAGCCUCCCUGCCCAGUAGCAGUGAGCCUGGACCCCAACGCUCCCAUCAAAACGGGAUGAUGAAAGACACAACCCAGCAGCAGCAGAGAGGAGGAGCAGAUCCCGGUUGCCCUAAUUCCCAGAUGGGCUGGAUAGAUCUAAACUCCCGGGGUCAGAUGCUGGAGCCCGACUCAGCACGGAGGUUCCAGACGGGGGGACAAAGCUUCGACGUAGGACCCACCGGAGGGGCCUACCAGCAACAGCAGCCGCGGCCGGCCCAGUCUCCUCACCAAGCGUCUCCUGCCCAACACAACACUGCCCCAGAGUGGCAGCAGCAGGCCGACUCUAAAGGCCCAUCUCACAUGCACCAACAACAGUGUAAUCUUCCUCCUCAACAGCAGCCACAUACACAACACAUGCAUCAGCAGCAGUGUAAUCUUCCUCCUCCUCAACAGCAGCAGCAGCAGGGGGAGAAUUGUUUUCGAGCCCCCAUGCAGCCAGAGCACUUAUGCGAAGGCGACACAGAUCUAGAGGAAAUACUAUCACCUAGCUUUUUGCAGCCGCCACAACGUCCACAACAUCAACAGCAGCAGCAGCGCCCGCUGUCCCAUCCAUCUCAGUACGACGGACAGCAGUCGGUCAACGCACCCCAGUCACAGGACCCCAACCAGGGCACGAUGGACGGUCAACAGCUGCUGAACAAACUCAAGCUGGAGGACUACAUCAGGCUAGAGAAGAAGCUGAAAUCCCCUGGUGGAGGCUACAGAGGUCAGGGUGGUCAACCUCAGCCUGGGCACCAGCAGCAGAUACAGUCUAUGAUGAGAAACAACCCUGGGUACAAUCCUGUAGACCCCUCUCAGCCCAACGACGCACAGCAGUCCCAGCAGGCGUCAUGGAGACACAGCAGCAGUAAUACCAUGGAGAUGGAGAUGGAGCUGGAGAUGAAGCAGCAACAACAACAGCAGCACCAACAACAACAGCAGAGGCAGUACACUCCAAGCCCCGGACCCAAGCAAUACUCCCACCAGCAGCAGCAGCCGCCCCACCUCCGACAACCACACCCCAACCACAUGGACUUCCCCCUUACCCAGACCCCCCCACAACCGCUACCUCACUUACCACACGGUGCUUUAAACCAGCAGGUGUCUGCACAGCAACAGCAGAUUUAUCCUAAAAUGGAGCAGAAUCAGCAGGAGUCUUGUGCCCAGUUCCAGAGGGGGGGGCCUCCACCCCUGGGACACGGGGGCCCCCAGGGGGACUUCCAGAGGCACGCGGCCCUGCGGAUGCAUCUUCUACAGAGGCAGUCUGAGCGGGAGUCUCUGGGUCCCCCUCAUCCACAGACCCCUGUAGAUUUCAAGCACGGCGUCCGGCCCAUCAAGAUGGUGAAUGGGCCGCGGUUCGAACACCCUCACCACCAAGGGCCUGGACCACCUCCCUUGAUGCAGCAUCAACAGCAGGGCCGGGAGAUGGGUAUGGUAGCGGGGGGCAUCCAGGUCAAGCAGGAGUACAAUCCACAGCCCCAGACGUCGUGCUGCGGUGAGCGGAGCCAGAGCAGCUCCCAGCGGAGCAUCCUAGCCACCAUGGAGCAGACUCUCAGACAGUAUCAGCUUUCGCCAGUCUUUGACAGGAAGUCCCUCGUCAUCAGGUCACCGAACAAGGUCAAGGUGGAGCAGUCUGGCGCUGUGACGGUGCUCUCGACCCACGCAGACCUGGACGGUGGGUCGGGUGGGAUGGAGGACAUGGGGAUGGGGCGCCCUGGCUCCAAUGGGCUGAAAAGACCCCACCUAGACUUCACCCCCAAGCAGGAACCCCUGCUCCAGAGUUUUAUGAAUUCCCCCAUGAAACUCUUGGAUACUCCCAUUAAAAACCUAUUGGAUACUCCUAUCAAGACCCAGUAUGAUAUCCCUUCCUGCCACUGCAUGGAGUCCAUCAGUGAGAAGGACGAAGGGCCGUAUUACACUCACCUGGGCUCCGCUCCGAAUAUCAAGGCCAUCCGUGACAUCAUGGAGACAAGGUCUGGGCUAACUGGCAGUGCCAUCAGGAUUGAAAAAGUGGUGUACACAGGCAAAGAAGGGAAGAGUACACAGGGAUGCCCCAUUGCUAAAUGGGUGAUCCGGCGCGGCAGCGUGGACGAGAAGCUCCUGGUGCUGGUGCGUGAGCGGGAGCGCCACAAGUGCGAGGCGGCGUGCAUCGUGGUGAUCAUCCUGAUCUGGGACGGCAUCCCCACCACCAUGGCAGACCAGCUCUACAUGGAGCUCAGCGACACUCUGACGAGACACGGAGCCCUCACCCAGCGACGAUGUGCCAUCAACGAGGAGAGGACGUGUGCGUGCCAGGGGCUGGACCCAGAGGCUUGUGGCGCUUCCUUCUCCUUCGGCUGUUCCUGGAGCAUGUACUACAACGGCUGCAAGUUUGCAAGGAGCAAAAUCCCACGCAAAUUCAAGCUAACUGGGGACGACCCGAAAGAGGAAGAAAGGCUGGAGCAAAAUCUUCAGAAUCUGGCAACCCUAAUGGCCCCCACAUACAAAACCCUGGCACCAGAUGCCUAUCAAAAUCAGGUGGAACAUGAGCAAAGGGCGCCAGACUGCCGUCUGGGAAAGGGGGAGGGGCGACCGUUCUCCGGGGUCACCGCCUGUAUGGACUUCUGCGCUCACGCUCACAGAGACCUCCACAACAUGCAGGGGGGCAGCACUGUGGUGUGCACGCUAACCAAGGAGGACAACCGCCAGAUCGGGAAGAUUCCGGAGGACGAGCAGCUCCAUGUGCUGCCCCUUUACAAGGCCUCACCAACGGAUGAAUUUGGCAGUGCAGAGGGCCAGCAGGAGAAGAUCAAGACGGGCGCCAUCCAGGUGCUCAAUGCCUUCCGCCGCCAGAUCCGCAUGCUCUCCGAGCCUGCCAAGUCCUGCCGGCAGAAGAAGCUGGACGCCAAGCGGGCUGCCGCAAGCAAGAAUGCCGGGGGACCGGACACGCCUUCGAAGGCAGAGAAAGCCCUACAGGCCAAGCUGAAAUCUAGUAGCACUUAUGAGAGCAUAGCUCAGAGCACUCCUGGGACAGGUCCAAAUCCAGGCGCCAUGGGAACGACCCCCCAGCCACCAGGUCAGCCACCAGGUCACCCCCUCGGCACCCACCUCCAGCAACUCCAGCACCAGAACGCCCUUCACGCCUUCCCUGGAUCCCCCCAUCCAGCCAGCCCCUACGCCGGCUUCCCCAACCACCCUUUUCAAAGCACUUCCAAGCCAGGUAGCAUGUACCCCCAGCCACCAGCCUCAGCAAGCCCUUACCCCUCCCCUUUGCACAUACCCACCUCUUACAUGAAUGGGUCGAAUCCACCAAGCUCUUAUCCCAGCCCCAUGACUCCAGGUAGUCCCUACCCGGGUUACCAGUGUAACGGAGGUUCGCCCUUAGACAACUACCACCCUUACUACACCUCGAACCCAAAGCACCUGGACAUGUACCGGCAACAGAGGCCAGGAGUGCUUUACCCCGACAUGCAGCAGCAGUAUGGUGCGCACCAACGCUAUGGGGUCAACUACCCUCCGCAGUAUGGUGAGCCCGGUUUACAGAUCAAUGGUUACAGCAACUGUAGCAGCAUGAGGUCUGGCAUCCACCCCAUGAGCCCCUACGGUCCCCCCUCGUACGGUCCCAACGGUGCCCCCGAUGCCCAAUACCUGGAUGCGCUCUCCAGGCCGCCCUCAGCCCACCACCCAGGGCUGGAUUAUGCAGCAGCAGUAAGCAAAGGCAAUCAGUUUGGUGGGUACCCCAAUCCCUACCUCUCCCAGAGCACCAAAAUGUUCCCCCCGGGCGGCCCCCAGGACCCUUUCUGUAUGCAAGUCAAGACCGAGAUGGGUCUCCAAAGCCCGUGCAUGACACCCACGCAACCAGGUUUCCCAGGGCUCCCCAACGAACACCUGCACGGGGGUUCCCCCAUGAUCAAGCAGGAGCCCAGGUCGGGUCCGCCAACGCCCACCACACCCAAGGAGAAGCCGGCCAUGUGGUCCGACAACGAGCACAACUUCCUGGAUCCGGAGAUCGGUGGGGUGGCUGUGGCGCCCAGUCAUGGCUCCAUCCUCAUCGAGUGUGCCAAGCGGGAGAUGCAUGCCACCACGCCACUAAAAAACCCCAAACGCAACCACCCCACUCGCAUCUCCCUGGUGUUUUACCAGCACAAGAACAUGAACGAGGCGAAGCACGGCCUGGCGCUGUGGGAGGCCAAGAUGGCCGAGAAGCAACGGGAGAAGGAUGAGGACGCCGAGAGGACCGGGGCCGAGGGCGCCACAGUGACGCCCAGCAAGAGCACUAAGAAGGGAGCGAAGAGGGAGCACCCGGAGCUGUCAGAGCAGCAAGGGGAGCCGCCGUACAAGCGCUUCAUCCAGACCCUCAUGGAGAGGUCCAUGUCGUGCACCACAAACACCUACGUCAACACGUCACCCUACGCUUUUACCAAGGUCACAGGGCCGUACAGCCGCUUCAUCUAGACAAGAGAUAUUCAUACUGUUCUGUAGGGUUCACUCACGAGGAAUAACACUGAGAAUUAAAACUCACGGUGCUACACUGACGGUGCUAUCUUAAAACCUCAAGCUGAAGCACCACUAGCCUCAAAACACAGAGCAUCCUCUCUCUCCUGACUGCAAGCAACAGUGUCAGAAGAACACACAGCGUGGGUGGAGAAGGAACUUGAUCAGUUGGAAGUCGUACCAUGUUAUAGAGUACAUCAGGUUUGUCACCUCUUGAAAGUUCGGACCUUACCGAUUGGUUGGUUGACCCCCCUCUACUAAGGAAGUCUUGAAAGUUCGGACCUUACCGAUUGGUUGGUUGACCCCCCUCUACUAAGGAAGUAUUUAUUGUCUGGUUACUUUUACAAGAUACACACUGUUAACGUUUCUCGGGUGCUUUGCAGGUCCAGUACAUCAGGACUUCUAUAUUUACUGGAAACAAUGUUUCUUUUGGUGGCUUUAAUUUUCUAAUUAAGCGUUUAAACAUAGUUUUUUAUAUAUAUAAUCUUGACAUACUGUAAAAAAACACUGAACUUUGUGGACACACCACAUUAACGGUGCUAAAAGUGGAGUGUGUCUUUAUGAUACCGUUUUGUUCAAACGUCUUCAUGUUUGAACCAAAUCAGUUUGCAUAGAUAAACGCGUUUCUCCAGAUGAUUUGUGUGAAAAUGGAUGAAACUGAAAAUACUGUACAAAAUCGACAAAAUAUCAGCAAAAAAAAAGCACUUUUGAUAUUGAAGGUGAAAUAUUUUGAUAAUACCUUCAGAUCAGAUCAUUGGUGCAAAAACGUCUACAGUUACAACAAAGGAAUUAUUUUCAAGACAUGAAAUUGAUAGAUUUAUCACAAAAACUUGAUUUAAAUUACUGUAGCCUACCUGUAUAACAGUAAGAAUAUCAUGCCAAUCGAAUUUGUACAUUUUACUUCCUGGUGCUUUCAGUUUCACAAUUGUUACCAUGUCCUUUACAUUGUAAAUGGAGCCAUUCUAAAAGGGUGCAUUUUUAGACGGUAAUGUUUGAACAACAAAACAUGUGAUUCUGGCAUAUUCUCUCAAGGGUUAUUUACUUUGUCAGCAACUGUUUCAGAGUUCUUGACCACAGGUUCACAGAAAAAAACUGAAUUGUGCAUAUAUUACGUGUUGUCAUGCGACUGUUGUGUUUUGUGAACAUGUUCCUUUACCUUUCUUUGGUGUAGGACAUGAAACAGGGUUAGCUCAAAUGUCAGUUUCACGGUUUCGAAGGCAGCUGGCUUGCUGUGGUUGAUCUUUAAAUAAUUGUAAUCUAGUUGUACGAUAAAAGAUUAGAUUUGUACAGUAAAUUAAUUACUCUUUUUUUUAACGCUUUAGGAUUUGAGUGUUGUAAAGAAAAAGUUAUAUUUCUUUGGGUUUGAACUGAUUUUAAUGACAUAUGGUGCUACUCAACCUGCUAUGUGAACACAUAAUGUGAGACCCUAAGGGCGUUGAGAAGGCUAAUGAAUGAUGUACAGUUAAAGUACCUACUUGCCAUAUACCUCAGAACUAGUUUGGCAAUAUUACAGGAGCAUGACACAAAGGCAUUUCUUUCUCCUUCCUUUGUUGUCACUUUCAAAAAAAAGUUAACUACAAUAACAGACUUCAGGCCACCACCAAGGCUGAGUUCAUUGCUUACUGCUUUCUUCAUGCUCGAUCUACUAGGAAGAAUUACUUGAACUUUAAGCUUUGAUAUAAUAGCAAAAUCAGGGAUAUUUCAACUCAUUUCUGUACAUUCAUCUAGUUUUCCUCUCAUUCAGCGAUUUGCCUCCAUCUUGAAUCCCAAUGAAUUACUUAAGAGUACCAGUCAGAAGUUUGGACACACCUACUCAUUCAAGGGUUUUUCUUUAUUUUUAUUAUAUUCUACAUUGUAGAAUAAUAGUAAAGACAUCAAAACUAUUGAAUAACACAUAUGGAAUCAUGUAACAACCAAAAAAAGUGUGAAAAAAAUCAACAUAUAUUUUAUAUAGCCACAAUUUGCCUCGAUGACAGCUUUGCACACUCUUGGCAUUCUCUCAACCAGCUUCAUGAAGUAGUCACCUUGGAAUGCACUUCAAUGAACAGGUGUGCCUUGUUAACAAUUGUGGAAUUUCAAUAUUAUGAUAAGAACAGCUCAAACAAGGAAAGGAAAAUGACAGUCCAUCAUUACUUUAAAACAUGAAGGUCAGUCAAUCCGGAAAGUUUAUUCAAGUGCAGUCGCAAAACCAUCAAGCACUAUGAUGAAACUGGCUCUCAUGAGGACCGCCACAGGAAAGGAAGACCCAGAGUUACCUCUGCCGCAGAGAAUAAUUUCAUUAAGAGUUACCGGCCUCAGAAAUUGCAGCCCAAAAAAAUGCUUCACAGAGUUCAGGUAACAGACACAUCUCAACAUCAACUGUUCAGAAGAGACUACAUGAAUCAGGCCUUCAUGGUCAAAUUGCUGCAAAGAAACCACU